AGGAGUGAGGAAGAUAUGAUUUCCUUUGAUUUAUCCUAAUACCACUGAUGUAUAACAGGUGUUACAUAGGUGUGCAUAGUCCAAAUCUAUUGAAUAAAGUCCUCUAUGGCGUAUGACUGACGCGCUUUAAAAUUUGCGCUACUAAAAUUAGCGAUGGUAGACCGUGGUGGUGCAUCGGGUUCUCCCGUUACACACUCCAGACCACGAACUGAUCGUCCUCGAAAAAGGCACCGAAAUAGUAGCAGUGCCUCAAGUCGAGCCAGUUCUCCCGGUUCCCUUUUAGUCAGUGAAAGCAAACGCAAUGGCAGAAACGACGAUUCCCGUAAGCGUGACGAACAAAGGGCGGAAGAAGAUAGGAUCCUUCGUCAGCGUUGGGCGGAAUCUAAACUCCUUGAAGAAGAGGUCGCUCGACGUCUGGAGCGUUAUUUAGACUCUGAGCUAGCAAAACUACUCGUUUUACGCAGAGUACAGUUCAAUGCUGAAGUUGAACGUCGAGUAGAAGCUGAACGGGCCGAAGUCUUGCGUAGAAGAGCCGAGGAGGCUGAGCGCAAAGCUCGAGAGGAGGCGGAGGCUUUGAAGCGACGUGAGGAAGAAGAAAGGCGAUUAAAAGAGAUGAGUGAACGUCUUGCUCGAGAAAGGGAACGGGAAUUAGAGGAACAAAGACGUUUAGAGGUAAGCAACAAAUGUAACGUAUGAAUUUUCCUAUGCUGCAAUGUUGGUGUAAAAUAUUAGGUUUGAUUACUAGUUUGAGAGGCAUAUAAUACCUUGGAUUGUCCCUGCGAAAAGUUGAAAUAACAAGACUAUCACCGUUGUAAAUCAAGGUUAGCGGGAGCCCCAGCUGUUUGGAAGAGGCUGAGCGAAAAAGAUGCGAAGCAGAGCUGCGUGAACUUGAAGAGCGUCAAAGACGAGAGGCAGAGGAGCUUCAGCGCAUUAAACGAGAACAAGAAAUUAUUCUGAACAAAAAACGGAUUCGGCCGAAACUUUCAUUUACACUGAAAAAAUGAUGGUUAUAAUUUCAUUUAUUUUCUUCUUUUUUAUUUUUUUUAAUUUGUUUCUUAUUUUAAUUACCUAAAUGAUUGUCUUUAUGACUUAAAAUAUAUACUCGAAUAUGUGUAGGUAAUCAAUAAUCCUUUCACUUUAUUUGUUUUAUCUCCACUUAUUUUGGAAAGAUGUAACUAGUUUAUUAGGCACACUUAUUUGUGUAUAUUUAAUGUGUUCCCUUACUCACUUAUUUUAUUUCUUUGUGCUACUUUUGUUCCAUUUAAUUUGUUCUAUGUUCAUAAGUGGUGCAUUGUUUGUAUAUAGAUUUAUUUUAGUGGAUGAAUAAAUUAAUGAAAAUAAUCAUCAGUGAUAUAUAAAUUUUCGUGUGGUUUGUGCAGUAACUGUAUAUAUGGCUUCGUUUAGGCAUGUGUGUACUUGUUGUGUAGGAGAGGUGGU